UGUUGAAAUGUUGUAUUGAACCUUGUACCCCCCGCUAUAUUGAGCCAUAUCUUUCUUUGGCUUCACUAUCCAUUGAGGGGAAAGUAAUUCUACAGCGAUUUCUGGCAUAGAUACCUAGAGUAUCCCGUUAUCUAGACCUGUCCAAGCGAUACAGCCUUGAUUCUGAGUCCGAAAUGCCGAAGCGAAAAGUCACCGCAGCGGAAAAGGUCGAGGGCCUCGCCGUUCUCCAGUGGAAGCUGAGGAAAGACCCUCUAGCCUAUCAAACGGAAUUCAUAGAGCUAUGGCAGCAUUUUGAUUCAGCGCGCGAGAGAGUUCUUGCAGACCCUCUGGGUGUAGAUGCCGACUCACUUGCUACGUUCAGGGAACAUAUGGAUUUGAUCGCGCACUGCGCCGAGAAAUACCCCGAAAUCACAGCUACCUUCCCAGAUAGUCUCAGAGACAUCCUCAUAGCGCACCAUGCGACGCUCGAUCCAACACUCCGAGAGAAGAUUGUUACCAGCCUUUCACUCUUGAGGAGGAAAGAGGUUAUAGACAGCGCUUAUUUGCUGCCCAUAUUUUGGUCUCUUCUCAUUUCUACGCCAAGCAAAACAUUGAGAACUUUGCUGUACCAAAAAAUUAUCAGUGACGUGCGAGAAAGCAACACACGAGCAAAAAACCACAAGGUCAACCGAACAUUACAACAAGCGCUUUACAAUAUAGUGACAGACAAAUCCACACCCAAAGCGUUAUGGGCUGUGAAAGUUGUGCGAGACCUUUGGAGGCGCCGCAUUUGGGAUGACGCAAAACCAGUUGAUAUCAUGAGACAGGCGGCUAUGAGCGAUGAUCCUAAGACAGUAGCUAGUGCUGUUAGGUUCUUUCUCGGCAGUGAUAAAGAGCGAGAUGAAUUCGAGGAUGACAGCAGCGACGAGGAGGCAGUCGACGUCCGCAAAGUUAAACACCAGAUCGGCAUUAACAAGAAGAGCAAGAAGUCAAAGAAAAUUCUUGAAAAAGCCACAGAGAAGGUCAAGAGGCAAGAGCGGAAAAAGAGUGCGAAUCAGCAACUCAAUUUCUCUGCUCUGCAUUUACUCCUGGACCCUCAAGGAUUCUGCGAGUCGCUAUUCGAGAAGCAUUUGCAAAAUAAGAAAUCGAAACUUCCAUUAGAGACUAAGCUUGAUAUCUUACAACUCGUUACUCGUCUAGUCGGCCUGCACAAGCUUACAAUUCUACCCUUAUACUCGUACUUUACUUCCCAUCUUACACCUCGACAACAAUCUGUAACAUCGUUUCUGGCAUCCCUCGCGCAAGCAACGCAUUCCCUUGUACCACCUGAAACAAUAGAGGUGUUGCUACAGAAAAUCGCGAACGAAUUUGUCUCAGAGGCAUCAAAUGUAGAAGUUUGUGCCGCCGGAAUCAAUGCUAUUCGUGAAAUUUGCGCACGUCAACCUCUCGCAAUGAACGAGACAUUGUUGCAGGAUUUGGUAGAGUACCGUAAAAGUAAAGAUAAGGGAGUGUCAAUGGCUGCAAAGGGUCUUCUCUCAUUAUAUCGCGAAAAGGGCGCAGAAAUGUUAAGGAAGAAGGAUCGCGGCAAGGAUGCUACGAUUGGGCUCAAAUCAGGCGAAGUAAAGCAACAGAAAUACGGCGAAGAGCAAGUUGGUGAGAUUGAAGGACUUGAAUUACUUGCCAAGUGGAAAGAGGAAGAAAAGAAGAGGAAACGGGCCGAGAAAGGACUUCCAGAUGAUCCUGAUGCUGUUGAGAAGAACGAAGAGGAAGACGAUGACGAUUUUAACGAGAGCGAUUGGGAAGUUGCUUCAACUGAUAGUGAUGAGUCCGGAGAAUGGAUACGUGUUGCCGAAUCUGAUGAUGAGGCCGAGCCGGAGCCCAAGAAGCGGAAAGUCGGGGAUGAGGCAGAGCAGGAUGAAGAAGACAAGGAGCCAGAGCAGGCUAUCGACUUCAUGAAGCUUGCGACAACCCAAGUGCUAACGCCGGCUGACCUUGCCAAGCUCAAAGAAUUGAGAUUGGAGGCUAGCAUCAACAAGGCAAUGGGAAGUAGUAAGCGAAAGGAAAUGGAAGCUCGUCACAUAGACGAGGGUUUGACGGCAGAGCAAAUUGAGGCACCAGCGAAGCUCCGAAAGGCCACCAAAGAAGAGCGGUUAGCUAUGGUGAAGGAGGGUAAGCCGAACAGGGAAGAACAUAAAUCUACAGCUGCUAUCAGGAAGUCGAAGAAAGAGGCUGAGGGCAAGUCGACAACCAACAAGGAAAAGGCUCGUAGGAAGAACUUUCUGAUGACGCUUGGAAAGGCCAAGUCGAAGCAGAAGCGCAGUCUCGUUACAACAAGAAACGUCCUCAAAGCACAUGUUGAGCGCAGCAAGUCUGGCGGAAGACGACGGAAUGGCAAGUCGAGGUAAAUUUUGGGAUAUAAUGACAGAUACCUGAAAUAGGCCUAUUUUUAUAUAAUACAGGCCGACUGAAUUUUUCAGACGCGUCCCUCAUUAUAUUCGCUCUACAUUUUGUGAAGUCAUGUUGUUUACAAGCUCAAGCAUAGCCAAGUUCUUCAUCGGCAGUGGUUUAAACUGCUAUAAUCUCCACGACAUUCUAUUUUCGCUUAAAUUACGUACCGAAUAGCGGUGUGUAGAAUAGAGUCAACGAGCUAUAUACAAAGAUCUAGAUAUCUAGGUUGCUGCACUGGUUUGUGGAAUGUAUCCGAGCCUUGAUGUAAGCUUCGCGUGUGUUAUGUGUUAUGUGACUUGCCUAGAAUCGAAGCUACCUACCAAUUUACUUCACCGCCCGUAUCUUAGGCCCCUACCCCAGAAGUACCUAAGUACCUACCUACUGUCAAAGGGCGUACUUGUCUGUUCACGACUACAAUCAUAUCUUCUCAUCUCAGAAGAUGGGCCGAGAUAGGCAUCGACUAAAACAAGUUAAUCGCACUUUAACAAGCAGGGGUUGAAUAAGCAAACAGGCAAGAAAGAAAGAAAGAAAGAAAG